UCUAAGCCUCUCCUACCUUCUUCCAAAGUUUAUUCUUUAUAAUUGCUUCUGUCCUCAACUUCUUUAUUGACAUCUCUCUUUCAGUCUCAGCAUAGAAAAGUAGAAAAGUAGUCAGAGUAAGAGAUGUGGAGCCUGUCCUUGCUGCUUCUGCUUCUAACUGUAGAAGUAGGAGGUUUGGGCCAAAAGAGCCCCAAAUUUAGCCGAGACGACUUCCCCUCCGACUUUGUUUUCGGUGCUGGAACUUCAGCUUAUCAGGCUGAAGGUGCAGUAGCAGAAGACGGAAGAGCUCCUUCUAUUUGGGACAUCUUCACUCACCAAGGAAAGAUGCCGGACAAAAGCACGGGAGAUGAAGCAGCUAAUGGAUACCAUAAAUACAAGGAAGAUGUCAAGAUCAUGAGUGAAAUAGGUCUUGAAGGCUAUAGGUUCUCCAUAUCUUGGUCAAGACUCCUCCCAAAUGGAAGAGGAGCAGUUAAUCCAAAAGGCCUCGAGUAUUACAACAAUCUGAUUAAUGAACUGAUUGCCCAUGGGAUUGAACCACACGCUACCCUCUUCCAUUUGGAUCUUCCCCAAAUACUAGAGGAUGAAUAUGGAGGAUGGUUGAGCCCCAAUAUUGUGGAUGACUUCACAGCCUAUGCAGAUGUUUGCUUUAGAGAAUUUGGUGACAGGGUCUCCUACUGGACCACCAUCAAUGAGCCCAAUGUCAUGGCUAUUGCAUCCUAUGACACCGGACAAUUCCCUCCCCGGCGGUGCUCGUUUCCGGGUGGUGUCUUCAACUGCUCAGCUGGAAACUCCUCUGUGGAGCCCUACACUGCAGUGCAUUACAUUUUGUUAGCCCAUGCAUCAGCUGUUGCAUUGUACCGACAAAAAUACCAAGCCAAGCAAAAUGGUUGGAUAGGCUUAAACGUGUAUGCCUUCUGGUGUAGUCCUAUGACAAACUCCCCUGCAGACGUUGUAGCGUCGCAAAGAGCCAUUGAUUUCUUCAACGGUUGGGUUGUCAAUCCUCUGGUGUUCGGAGACUACCCUGUGAUCAUGAAGAAGAGAGUUGGGACAAGGCUCCCAUCCUUCACUAAACGCCAAUCUCAACUUGUAAAAGGGUCAUCAGAUUUUAUCGGUUUGAAUCACUACUUCACAUUUUACAUUCAAGAUGACUCCAACAAAUCGACCAUAAGACCUCCAGAUUUCAAUCUAGACAUGGCUGUAAAGUUUUCAGUGAAUAAAGAUAGCACACCCUCGGGUGGGUUCUCACCAGAUUCUCCGACCUUCAACCCAGAUGGCUUGCAGGAAUUGCUUCAAUAUUUCAAGAACUAUUAUGGCAACCCUCCCGUUUAUGUUCAAGAAAAUGGUUAUGGUGCGCCAAGAAACGAGACGCUUAACGACACAGCCAGGAUAGAUUACAUGAAUGGAUUCAUGGAAAGCAURYUUAAUGCCAUAAGGAAUGGAUCAAACACCAAAGGGUACUUUGUUUGGUCGUUCUUAGAUGUGUUUGAGGUUCUUAGUGGGUAUCAGACACGUUAUGGGCUUGUUCAUGUGGACUUCCAUAACGAGUUUAGGAGACAACCCAAAUURUCAGCACAGUGGUACUCCAAUUUCCUCAAGAACAAAAGCAUCAAGACAUGGAGGAUGAGGGCCAAAUCCUAUUCAUCUGCAGAGUAGUUCAUCAUUUUUCUCGGCGUAUGGUUCAUGUAACUAAGAGUCCAAGAAUAGGGCAUCAUCUGAAACCACGUCAUACAGUUUGUUAAUUAAUAUGGAAAGAAGUUAAUAAACUAUUUUCAGGGAAUUAUCUCUGAAACCUCCUUUACUAA